AUGCCUCUCACACGUCACACGUCUCUAACACGCCUCUUACACGCCUCUUACACACCUCUCACACGCCUCUCACACUCCUCUCACACGUCACACGCCUCUCACACCCCUCUCACACGACUCUCACACGCCUCUCACACGCCUCUCACACGCCUCUCACACCCCUCUCACACGCCUCUCACACGCCUCUCACACGCCUCUCACACCCCUCUCACACGCCUCUCACACGCCUCUCACGUGCCUCUCACACUCCUCUCACACGCCUCUCACACCCCUCUCACACCCCUCUCACACGCCUCUCACACGCCUCUCACACCCCUCUCACACGCCUCUCACACGCCUCUCACACGCCUCUCACACGCCUCUCACACGCCUCUCACACGCCUCUCACACCCCUCUCACACGCCUCUCACACCCCUCUCACACGCCUCUCACACGCCUCUCACACGCCUCUCACACGCCUCUCGCACCCCUCUCGCACGCCUCUCGCACGCCUCUCACACGCCUCUCACACGCCUCUCACACGCCUCACACACGCCUCUCACACCCCUCUCACACGCCUCUCACACGCCUCUCACACGCCUCUCACACGCCUCUCACACGCCUCUCACACGCCUCUCACACGCCUCUCAGACGCCUCUCACACGCCUCUCACACGCCUCUCACACGCCUCUCACACGCCUCUCACACGCCUCUCACACGCCUCUCACAGUUGAAAUAGAAAAGUCCUGCUCCCAGUCCCGCAUCCUUCUUUUUGAAGAAGUGUAA